AAUAGUAAAUAAGAUUUAAAACCAUGAAGAACCACACUCCAUACCAGUCGGUGGCGGUAAUGCACAUCAUAACGUUAUUUGUCAACUGCCAAAAAAUAACAGAAGAAGAAGAAGCCAGUUCGUUUUAUCGUACCCAACGCCGGCUAGCUUACAGUUUAAAGAUGCAGCAACGCGAGGAGAAGCAGCUGGAAGCCUCGGUGGACUCUCUCAUCUCUCUGGUGGCUCACGUUAAAAACGCUCUGCAGAAUUUCAUUUACAAGCUGGAGAACGAAUACGAGCGCCUGACAUGGCCUUCUGUUCUGGACAACUUUGGGCUCCUGUCUGGUCAGCUGAACACCAUCAAUAAAAUGCUGAAGAAUGAGAAGACGCCAUCCUUUCGCAGCCAGGUUAUUAUCCCGCUGCUCCUGUCUCAGAAGCCGGACGAUGAUCUGACGGUCCUCACAGAGCAGCGCGUCCCGGUGUUCAGCCAUGAAAUCGUCCCAGACUACUUGCGAACCAAACCUGAUCCAGAGGUGGAGGAGCAGGAAAAGCAGCUGAGCACGGAGGCGACACGUAUUGGUCCUGAUGUUGCACAGAAACAGAUCCAGGCCUUGAAUAAAAUGUGUUCUAAUCUGCUGGAGAAGCUGAACAACCCUCGUGAAGACAGAGAUGCAGAAAGUGCUGCAUCACGACUGAACAAACCAUCCUUUAACCCCGGAGACACCAAUGCUUUGGUUGCAGCCGUUGCAUUUGGAAAAGGGCUUUCCAAGUGUAGGCCUCCUGGUCCCAUGGCUCCUGGACACCCAGGGCAGGGGCCUAUGAUGAGCGGAGGUCCAACCUUACAACAGGUCACCAUCGGGGGUGGUCCAGGCCAGCAAGGGGGUAUGGGAGGACCUGUAGCUCCACAGCAGCAAGGACAGCCAGGAAAAAUGCCAAGCAGCAUCAAGACUAACAUUAAAUCUGCAUCUGGUUCAAUGCAUCCCUACAACCGAUGAGCCGCCUUCUACUCGUCUGCAUUGCUAACAUUUCAGAGGCAGCAGCAUUACUAACAGGUCACCACCUCAUGGAAUGGACCAGGUUUUAGCAAGCUGAUGCUCAGCGGUCAGGCUUCUUUGUGGCAUGAGGUGAGACCUGCGGAAGGUCUCUAACUCCAUGUUGAGCUGUCUAUCCAGAACUAGUGUUGAAACUACAGCUAAACCUCAUGUUUUUAGCCACUAGAUGGCACUAUGUCACCAUUAAAGGGACUAAAUCAACUUUAUAUGUUUAAA